AGAAGUUGUACCUACACCUGGUUUAUUGUGACCAAAAUGUGCAAUCCGAGAUGAUUUUCUGUUUGUUUUAUAAAUAGUUUUGGCUCGUCUCGGCUGAUGUAUAUCGACUGUCUUAAUUCGCUACCGUUUGCUAGCUGGCUGUUAGGUAUCACAAGCUAGCUAUGUGGUUUAAAUAGGAAAACUUUUUUCAAAACAUCAACUAACGCCAAUUUAGCACAAGUAAGCAGCUGAAAACGACUAAAUGUCAUGAUCUGAGUGGAUGUGGAACUACCUACGCUAGCUAGCGAACGUGGUGAUGGCAGAACGUCGUGUGGAGUGUUCAUGGAAGAGGCACGUCGGAGAGCAGCUGAAGCAGAGGGACCGUGUGCAGAGGCAGGCCUUCGAGGAGAUCAUCCACCAAUAUAACCGUCUCUUGGAGAAGUCCGAUCUACAGGCUGUUCUUUCAGAGAGAUACCAGUCGGACAAAUAUGACUUUCAGAACAGACAUGACGGCAGCCCGGGGGCGGACUCGAGUCGUAGUGACAACCUACAGCAGGAGAUGGCCCAGAUGCGAAUCAGGCACCAGGAGGAGCUGACAGAGCUUCAUAAGAAACGGGGCGAGCUGGCCCAGAGUGUGAUUGAGCUGAACCACCAGAUUCAGCAGAAGGACAAGGAGAUUCAGCGCAAUGAGGCCAAGAUGCAGGAGUACCAGCGGCAGAUUGCCGAGCUGGAGGGAGAGUGCCGGGAGCUGCGUGGUCAGCUGCAGGACCUGGAGCAGGCCAACCAGACGCUGAAGGAUGAGUAUGACGCCCUGCAGAUCACCUUCGGUGCCCUGGAGGAGAAGCUGCGGCGCACCACCGAUGAUAACCAGGAGUUGGUGUCGCGCUGGAUGGCCGAGAAAUCCCAAGAGGCCAACAAGCUCAAUGCGGAAAACGAGAAAGACUGCAAGCGCAGACAAGCCAAGCUUCAGAAGGAGCUUGCAGACGCUGCAAAGGAGCCCCUGCCCAUGGACCCGGACGACGACAUCGAGGUUCUAGCUGAGGAUUCUGUGAAAGGCACUAGAGAGGCCUCUCCCAACCGGCCGCUCAGCCGCACCCCCAGUAAACGUAUCUCCGGACAGUCUCCUCAAAGCGGCCUGUUGGACUCAAUCUCCAACAUAUUUGGGCGUCGUCCUGGGAACUCGUACGGAACAUCACUCGAAAACACGGAGACGACCUCUGGAGUGUGUGCCGAUGUCCGCGUUCCCUCCACUGCCCUCCAUGUAUUUGAAGCCCAUGAUGGGGAAGUGAAUGCGGUGCGGUUCAGCCCAGGCUCCCGACUCCUGGCCACCGGAGGGAUGGACCGCAGGGUCAAACUGUGGGAGGUGGUCUCAGGUCGCUGUGAGCCGAAGGGUGCUCUGACUGGUAGCAACGCCGGGAUCACCAGUAUAGAGUUUGACAGUGCUGGCUCCUACUUGCUGGCUGCAUCCAAUGACUUUGCCAGUAGGAUCUGGACUGUGGAUGACUAUAGACUGAGGCACACGCUGACAGGCCACAGCGGGAAGGUCCUGGCGGCUCGCUUUCUCCUGGACAACGCUCGUAUAGUCUCUGGGAGCUACGACAGGACUCUAAAACUGUGGGACCUGCGCAGCAAAGUCUGCAUGAAGACUGUGUUUGCUGGGUCCAGCUGUAAUGACAUAGUCUGCACAGAGCAGUGUGUCAUGAGCGGCCAUUUUGAUAAGAAGGUGCGGUUCUGGGACAUCAGAGCGGAGAGUAUAGUCUGUGAGCUGGAGCUCCUGGGCCGAGUCACAUCUCUUGACCUGAACCACGACCGCACCGAGCUGCUCACCUGCUCCCGGGACGACCUGGUUAAGAUCAUCGACCUGCGCAGUAACGCGAUCCGCCAGACCUUCAGUGCUCAGGGCUUCAAGUGUGGCGCUGACUGGACCCGAGUCACCUUCAGUCCUGAUGGAAGUUACGUGGCGGGGGGCUCUGCAGACGGCGCCUUGUAUGUGUGGAACGUCCUGACGGGCAAGCUGGAGCGCACCCUGGACAAGAACCACUGCUCGGCCAUCAACUCGGUGUCCUGGUCGCCAUCGGGAGCCUACGUGGUCAGUGUGGAGAAGGGCAGCAAGGCCGUCCUCUGGUCUGAUAUGUGAUUGGCUCUGCUCUGCUCUGGCCCUCUGCCAUUGGGUGACUGGCUGUCUCUCUGGACUGUUCAAUGGAGGCACAGACUGGACGGGGAUUCCCUAGCCCCACCCUCUAACGGCCAACCCCCGCAUCACUUUGCCUCACUGGCAUUGGACCAUUCUGUGCUCUGAUGCGUUCGGGGGGAGGGGGUUUCUUGCCUAAAGGAAGGAGGUCAUCCGGUGGCCCAUGGGUGGCAGCAGAGUGUUGGUGUCCAGUUGAAUGUGUCAGUGAUGAGAGCCAUGAAGGCAGAGUUUUCUCUUAAAGUUAAACAAAAUUAUAUAUCCAUUUGAAAUUAUAUCCAACUGAGGCAAGGCGAGUGAGUUAGACAGUUUAACUAAGAGAUGACAUUAUAAAACAGUUGUUGCCAAAUUGCCACUAUUAACAGAGCUGGAUUGUCUGUUUUUAAGGCUGCAAUUGGACACGUCGUUAGUUUCACAAGACCUUGGUGGGCUUUUAAAGUUGAAGUCUUUGUUUGUCUCCUGGGCCCACUUUUUUUCCAAACUUAUCUGAUCGUAUUUCAGCAAUUGGGUAGAAUUAGUCCGUAGAAAUAGAAUUAAUAGAACACGUGCAUCAUUGACUUGAAUGGGGACGUCUGUUAGAAUGAAUCUAUUUCUAUGCAUUUAAUCUAAUCAAAUUGCCGAAAUCCGAUCAGAUAACUUUGAAAAACUGGGCCCAGGUUUAAUUUUUAAAUACAAUUCCUUUUUUUUUGGCCUUAAAAAAAAUUAAAUAAUGCAUGGCAACAAUAACGGAAAGCACUGAUUUUGUGCAGUUCCCGGUCCUUCUAAUGUGUAGCCGUGUUUCCAUUCACUUUGCACCACCUUGGCUGUGUCUGAAAUGGCACAAGGUGGGUGGUUGGUUCAAACUGUAUGGGAGCAUUGAGUUGUCAAGGGUCAAGUUAAUACUGUAAUGCCCUUCAAGCCUUGUCCUGGCUACCCACAGGGCCUGUUAUAUAGCUCUGCACCAACACACCGCAAGUUUAUAAGUAGUUGUACUGGGCUGGAACAAAAGCCUACACACCUCGUGGGUCCUCGGGACCAGGAUUGAAGAACACUGCUGUAAGGAGAGUGAAGACGUGUUGUGAACGAGAGUAAAAACAAUUCUCUAUAACAAACAAACUCGUGCCAAUCACAAUGAACAUGCCCUCCAUGUAACAUUUUAAACAGGGAAUGCUCUGUUUUGAGAUGACAAUUCUCUAGACAGUUGGAAUGAACCCACACACUUGGCACAUCUGCUUAAUGCUAUUUAUUCAGGUGUUCGGUGUUAUGUCCUAUCAGUCACUGUCAACAUCAAAAUAAUGCAGCGUUCCGGUCUUGGAGGGCCACGGCAUGUGCUGGUCUUGAAAUUCUGUUCUUGAUCGGUCAACUAUUAGACCCGAUUAUUGGUCAGCUCACCUCGAUUCCAGGGGUGAAAUGCUGGGCCGCGUUCUGGAGGGAUGCAUAGUUCAGGACGUUGCAAGAAACGUUUCGUUUAGAGCUGACAUGAUUCCCUACUAUAAAAGCAUGUACAGUAUGUUCUAAUCUACAUAAUGUAUUUGUAUCGGAACUUUUAUGUAGGCUUAAAGCUGACCCCAUCUUCCGAAGACGUUAAGCAGAUACUGUGGUCCUCCAUAGACUGGGGAUUAGCUCCACUCCUUAACACUUGCAUGUUGUUUUUGUUCCAGUCUUUUCUUUUUCAUUUCAAUGGACUUGUUGACACACAUGACAUAUGUGUCAUGUUUACAUGAUGCUGUUCUAAAUAUCAAUGACUAGUAUCUAUCGUUCACCACAUGGGCAGGGAACCCCAGUCCCUCAAGGAUAACUUGGUCCAAUGGGAUAUGCUGACAAAGGGCCAGGUUCAGUAGUGAAAUAUUGUCGAACAUUGCAGGUAGAAAUACCAUAAAUAGAUUCAACAUGAUUCCUUGGUUCAAUAUGUCAAAGCCAUGUUCUACAUAUUUCUAUCUGAAAGUUCCACAACGUUGAGUCCUGAGGGGUACUACAAAGCAAGAUCAAUGCUUUAGCCAGUGAACUUGUCUAAAUAUUCUGGGGGGAAAAUGAAUUUUUUUAGAAAGACACGUUUGAAAAUGCAUGGUCUGAUUUAAACAAACAACCAAAAGUACAUAUCUUAGUUUAGCUUUCCUAAUGAACCAGAAAAUUGGAUUAUUUCUGUUUAUCAAAGUUAGCUGGCUAACACAUUGAUCUUGCUUUGUAAUAUACACUUCUUCUGAAAGCACCCAAAUAUGUACUUGUAAUUUUUCCAGAGGGGAAAAGUUUAAGAAAGUUUGAAGAUCAAUGGUGUCAUGUUUUUGGCUUUGUUGGUCAUGUUUUCCACUCAGACAAUAACUGGUGCAAACACUCUGUAAAUCUGGCCCAGAAAAGUGUCUUUCACUCAUUAAUAAUGAAAUGGUGUAUGAAUACAUGCCCUGGAGGAUACAAGGCACUGAUAAGAUCGAACAGAGGAUUCUCUCUCUCUCUCUCUCAACAGAACACGAGAGAGAGAGAGAGAGAAACAGGCCAGCAUAUCCUGCCCUCUUCAGGGUCAUGUUCAGUAGGCACCAAAUAGGAGAAAAUGGACUGAAACAGGGGAGGACUAUCUGGACUUGUCCAAUAAGACAGCUCAUUUUCGUUUACCGUUUUAUUUAUUUUUUUGUUCCUUGCCCUUAUGAACAUGACCCAGGACUCCUUUCCCCACGGUUAACUCCAAGCUUCAGUCAUCGUGUACAGGGAAGGGGAGGUUGGUUUUGAAAUGUGCUUGGUAAACUGCUGAUCAGCAGUCCUUUACCCCACCCCUCUGCGAUCAGCAAAAAGAUUGUAAAGCUUAAGUUAUAUUAUGUAUGUAUAUGAAACAUUUGUUAAUGUAUGCACACUGAGAAAGUGUGGGAACACUUGUGUGUUAUAUAGUUUUUUGGGGUGAGGCAGAUGGUAGCUGACUACAGAUGACGUGUGUCAAUAAAAUUACUAUCUUACUGUU